AUGCGUCGCUGGCGACCUCCAGACGCCAAAUCGACUUCUGGGGCUCUCCUGUACAUACUACUGUGGAUCGGUUUCAACGCAUUCCCCACAACCUUGGCGAAAGCUGCCUGCUUCAAACAGUAUCUACAAUGCCAAUGCAUAAAUACCGGUCUCUUGUAUGUAAAAUGCAGAAAGUUGGAAACAGAAAGCAUUCCCCAUAUAUUGCAUCCGCAACUCGAUGUCCUCGAAGUGACUUAUUCCAAGCUCACUUCUCUGUCCAAUGCUGAUGUAUACACUUCUAUGCAAGUCUUCAACGUGACUGGAAACGAGCUCACGUCACUCGGUCAGCCCUUGGCGAGUCUUUCCAAACUCCACACGAUCAUCGCUCGUGAGAACAAACUCGACGCCUUGAGGCGAAGCGAUUUACAAGGAAUCAAGAAUUUGAAAGUUCUCGACGUAUCGAAAAAUAAGAUCAGCGGCAUCGAGGACGGAAUGUUCGCAGACAUUCCUCUUCGGGAACUCGAUCUAUCGCAAAAUAGGAUCAGGAUAAUUACAUCGAGAACUCUGCAGGGCUUGAGCAAGCUGCAAUCCCUCAACUUGCGGGACAACGAGCUCACAAAAAUCCCUCCGCUCACCGAUCUGCGAUAUCUAGUUUUCCUGGACAUUUCAUUCAAUGAGCUACGGUCUAUCGAGGACGGCAUCGUGCCAAACGUCAGGAGUUUGAACCUAGAAAGAUGCGAUUUGAAGAGUACAACAUUCUUGGCGAACACCACCGUCACUGAGCUCGUGCUCGCUGAUAACCAAUUCUCUGAGGUUCCGAAACCGCUGCCUCAGAGGCUGGAAACUCUUGUUCUGAGCUCGAAUCCGAUUCCGAUUCUAGGGCCGAGAAGUUUGUCGCACGUCCCUAGUCUACGGAACUUCACACUAUCGUCCGCAAAGGAGUUGCGGAGCAUUCAUAUCGAUGCCUUCAACGGUAACAGCGAAUUGGUGCGACUAAAUUUCGAGAUGGACGCUUCGCUCACGAAUAUCGAUUCUCGUAUGUUUCGGGGCAUGGCCAAGCUCGAGCAGGUCUCGUUUCGCGGGAGCGGGCUCGAAACUUUGGACCUGAGUCUUGUAGCCGCGAAUCAGCUCCGGCGGCUCGAUGUCCGUGAGAACCCCUUCAGAUGUGAUUGUCGUCUUUCGUGGCUGAGAGAUCUUUCGCUCUCGUUUCUCAACGGAAGCCGAGCUAAUAGGAAACCCACGCCCUUUGAUGACGAGACUGUGAAAAUCAAAUGCGCCGAACCGAAGCAAUUUCGGCAUCUAUACGUACACAGCAUGCCGUCGGCCGCCUUCGAGUGCCGGACAAGGAAUCUUCUCUCGUUGAUUUUGCUGCCGGUGAUCAUCGUUUUGCUUGUUGCCGGCGCUGCAUUACUAGCUUACCGCUACAGACAUAAGCUGCCGUUCAACAAGAGCAAAACGGCGCCCUCGAGCUCCAAGACUCACUUCGAGAAGACCUACAUGGUUCCUGCAAACGACUAUGAAGGAAUCUACCACAUACAGCGCAACGCGCCGAUUCGCCUGAUCCCCGUUACAGAGUUGUGA